CUUCUUAAACAAUUUGAAAAUAAACCUCAGUAAAAAUUCACGUGUUUUCCAUGUGGUUCGUAUGUAAUUAUUGCCACUGGAAACAAUGGAAAAUUUUAAUGUUACAACAGCAUUUACCUCUCUUUGUAAGCACAUCGAUGUAAAUAAAUUAUCUGUAGAGAUUCGGCGAGAUAUACAACGUUUACUAUCAAAACAAAUAAAAUCUUCAUUAGAUUAUCAACAGAUGCUUGAUAUUGUAUCCUCUCUACUUCUAGAGGAAUCAUACACUCUUCUUGUUGCUGAUUAUUUUAGCCCAUUACUAUUAGAAUUAUUAACUCAUUGUAAAAUAUCAGAAAAUCUACAUUACAGAACAUGCUUUAGUAAAUAUGAAAUCAUUGGAAUUAUUCUUGCAAAAUUAGUUGGAAAAUAUUCUGUUGUUUCUGAAUUUUGUUUGCAUUAUUUUGAUGGUCAACCAUCUCUUUUGGAAAGAUAUGAACAAAAUGAAGAAUUUGCUUGUAAAAAAAAGAAAAUGGAUGGUGAAAUUUAUGAUGAUAUCCUACAAAAACUGCUUGAAGCAACUUUUUGCCUUCUUAUUCAUAAUUUUAACUUUUUUCGUAAAAUCUGGAAUUUAAGUAUUCUUGUAGAUAUGAUUAAGGACAAGAAUUUAGAUAUUAAAUGGUUUUCUUUUCCAUUCUGUCAUGAAAUCUUUAUUAUUUUCAAUCAAGUUCUAACGAUUAAAUUACAGCUUCUACUAGGAAGUCAUUGUUGUACAGAUAUACCUGGAGAAUUUAUUUGGAAACCUGGUCCUCUUACACAAGCAAUGAUUUCAGGAUCUUGGUUACUUCUAGAAGAUAUAGAUUAUGCACCAAUGGAUAUAAUGUCUCUCAUAAUUCCAGUUCUUCAAUCAAAAAGUCUUAUGCUGCCAGGUCAUGCUGAUUUACAUAACUCAACAAAUUUAGUAUUAGUACCUUCAGUUAAAUUGACACUUCGAAAUUUAUCACUUGGAAUUGUGGCUGGAGAAUGUAUGUUACUUCAAGGUGCUGUAGGGUGUGGUAAAACAGCAUUAAUAGAAUACAUGGCACAAAUAACAGGAAGACAAUUAAUUAAGGUUCAACUAGGAGAUCAGAUUGACAGCAAGAUAGUAAUAAAUAACAUCUGA